UGCACUUGACUUUUUUUUCUUUUUUACAUAUUUUUUAUUCUUUUAUUUUCCAGGCUGUUUAUGCUCUUAACGUUUUUUCUCAUUGCUUUUUCUUUCCUUUUCUUGCGCAUUUUUUAUUUUUUAAGGAAAUAAAUUGCUUCAAUCCCCAUGCCGGGUUCGGGGAUUGAAGCGAAAUUUGUUUGAAAAUUGUAAAAAUAGGUUGUGAAUAAAUAGGAAAAGAAUAAUAAUCUCGAUAAUCUAAUCUCGAUUUUCCCCAAAAUUUUUAGGGAGCUCGUAAAGACUAGUUGUAUACUACUAUGAUGAAGUCUCAACCGGGGGAGAGAAUUUUCUUUCUUUGACGGCUGUCCAUUAAAAAGCACAUGCCCCUUGUAUCUAUUCUAAAGCUUUUAUAGAGAGGCAGAAUGGACAACAACUGUGUUUCUUGGCCUGCUAGUCCCAAAUAACGCCUCUGGCAAUGACUUGUCCCUUUACUUCACAGCAAGACAAGAAUGAAAAAAUGGGGAAAUUGUCUGAAGAACUAAAUAGUAGAAAGACUGGAAAAAGCUGAGAGAGAGAAAAAUGGUGAGAAUAAAUGAAGCUUUAUUUGAGGUUUGUAUAUAUGUACGUGUGAAUGAAGUCUGUUGAGGACAUGCUUCCCUCCUUUUUUAUAUUUUACUUCAUCGAUCUGCUAAUAAACAAUAGACAAAAUUCGUAAUCGAAAAAGGCUGAUUUUACAAAAAAAAGAAUAUUUGAGUUAUUUUUAGAGAUUGUAGGUAAAAAUAAGGGGUAUCUUUACUUGUUUUUGGGUUUCUUUUUAUUUUCUUAAUUACCUAUUUAAAUUUUAAUCUACAUAUUAAAAUGUCUAGAAAAAUAGUAGUAUUUUUGACGUUUAAAAAUCUGCGCAAUACUGCUUUUUUUUAAUUUUUCAUUUAAUGGUCUCACUAAAAAUUAAAAUUAAGCACUUUUUAAAAAAUGCAUUUAUAUAGCUUCUUUAAUAUAUAGUACUUUUAUAAAUUCUUAAAUUUACUAUGUUUUAAAGUAUAUUUUAUUAAGAUUAUAACCUAACUACUUUUUUUCUAAAUAUUUUUAGACAAAGCAACAACAAUAUCCCUAUUCGUUUAAUAUUCCUCUGUUUUAAUUUUUUAAAAAUCUUUUUUCUCCCAAUUCUGUUUAUAUUUUUUUUGUAAAUUCCUUCAUUUAUUUCAAGCAUUUUUAUAAUAAAAAAAGAAAGAAAAGGGGAGACUUCCCCCACUUUUUAUUUUCAUCAUCAAUUUUAUAUAAGUGCCAUCCACAAAAAAUCCCAAAAAGCCAUCUGCUUCCAAAACAUUAAAAAUAAAUAAAUAUUCAGAAUAUCCUUCAUCUAAUUUUUCUUUUUUUUCUUCCAAAUAAACUAAAAUACUUUUGUGGAAAGAGAACUCUCCGAAAAAGAUCGAUUCUUUUUGUUUGUUGUGUGCUUUUGGGUGCGCUCUUUCUUCUCUACUAUUUUUCUUUCUAUUCCCCCUAAAUAUACCUAUUUUUACCCCUUUUUAUAUUCCUUAACCCACUUGUUUCUUUUUACUGUUAAACCGUAAAAAUUUAUUUAAAAAAAUUUUUUUAAUCUAAAAAUAGGUAAUUUAUUUAAAUUAUUAUUGAGGUUGGGUAAUAAAAAUUAGCUUAGAUUUUGAUUUUAAAUUCUUUUGGAAAAUUUGGUUAUUUUUAAUAUUUUUUUCUUUAAAUUUUAGAGACUCAUCAAUUAGAACGACAACAAAAAAUACUCUCUUUUUUUCUUUUGUUAUAAUAAUAUUUGAAUAUUUUAAAAUAAUGAAACGUUAUCGUGCAGUAGAUGCGCCGCCAAAAUUUAGGCGUACAGCUAAAGGACGUGGUCGAAUCGGAGAAUCAGUUUAUUUUACAAGUUUACUUUUCAGAUUCUUUAACGCUUACAACCUCGUCUACUUAAAAUUUUUUCUGAUGUGGGUCGGAUGUAUUACACUCGAUUUUCUUAUUGGUUUUCGUUUUGAAUUGCUCUGGCCACUUUGGCUUCUGGUUCGCCAUCUUUAUGAAUCCUUUCGUAUUCACGCCUUUUCCUCUUCUCUUCAGUACUCAGCUUUUUCCGUGUUCUUUGUUUGCGUCACUGCUACUUCAGAUCUCGUCUGCUAUUUAUUUAUCCCAAUACAAGUGUUGAUUUUUCUUGCUAGCACCUAUGUUUGGGUCCAAUUUGUUUACCAAGCAUCUGAUAGAGGCAUUUGUUUGCCUUCAAUAUUUCUUUGGGCUCUCUUCAUAAUAUUUGAAUACUCGGUUAGAUACCGGUUCGACAACGCAACAUGGUAUUUAACAAGAACAUCUUGGGUAACUGCUGGACUCUUUCCUUCAACAGCAGAUAGCGUUUCUGUAGGAUCACCUUCAUCAGCAUCAUCUACUUCAUCACCUCGCCUCGAACUUUAUAGACCGUUUGCGGCACAUUGUAUUGGUUUUCCUGUUGUUACAUUAGGAUUCCGAGUCAAGUCAUUUUUUAGGUUUUUAAUGUUUUUUUUUAUUUUAAACAUUUGGGCAUCCCCUCAUCCACCUUACUUUUAA